GGCUUCGUGUGGUCCAGGGUCCCCAGGAGGGGGUAGGGAGGGAUGUUUCUAAAGCUGAGCCAGGAUGAAAGUGAUGCACUAUUGAAGGGUUUCAACUCUAAGGAGGCUACAUCCUCAUUAGGAACAAAUUCAUUAAUGAGCCGCAUCAGCUGCAGGGAGGAAGGAGGAAAGCAUAAUUAAUUACAACUGCUCAGAUGAGCUGCCAGAUUCAGAGGAGUCAAGAAGGAAGAUUGUGUGUUGUUUGGAUGUCUUUAGCUGUGUUCCUUCAAAGCAAUGGCAGCUCUGGGAACUAACUUUCCAGCUGAAGGAUUUUAACGUUCUUUCUCUUUCUACAAGAUCCAGUCUUAGCUUAUUGAGCAGUGAAUUCCUUUCUUACCCCACUCACCUAUUCCCGGGAGCAAAAAGGAAGUCAGUAUUUGCUUUUCCAGCAAGGUCACAGAUCACCUGACCAACUCCUUUAACAGCUGCGAAACAGACUCGGCUGUGCUGAAGGCAGGAGAGUGAUCGGCUCCGGCCCUGCAGCCCAAAGCUGGCUUUCUGGGAAGGAGACGAGUCCUCCCUGCUGUGGGCUGUGCAGGGGGAUGAUGCCAUGGAAGCACUCUCCAACAAGUUUUACAGACUCGUCGGAUGAAGAGUACCUGAGACACUGAGGGUCAGCGCUCCAAAGAUGGAGAAGACAGAUGCCAAAGACCAGUCCUCUCAGGGGGACGAAGAGAAAGAGCCUCCGAAGAGCCACCCUUACUCUGUGGAGACCCCGUAUGGUUUUCAUUUAGACCUGGACUUCCUCAAGUAUGUGGAUGACAUCGAGAAGGGAAACACCAUCAAAAGAAUUCCUAUCCACAGAAGGGCCAAGCAGGCCAAGUUUAGCACUUUGCCCCGAAACUUCAGCCUUCCUGACAGCGGGGCUCGCCCUUCUGCGGCCCCGCCCCCCCACAACUGGUCCCCAGUGGUGCCAAUGAAGGCAUCGUGUGGGACACAGGAACAAACCCAGUCACUGCCGCUUGGUAAUGCCCCCCAGGCCUCACCCAGUACGAGUGAGGUGAGCUACCACAGGCGGGCCCUGUUGGCAGAGGCCACCAGGCAGUUGGAGGCUGCUGAACCAGAGGACGCCGAUCUCACCCCUGGGAGUGGACGGCCCCAGCUGUUGAGAGCCUCCAGCAUGCCCGCCACGCUGCUGCACAGCAGGGCUUCUGAGGAGCCAGGCCUUAGCCUGGGGGUCCCCGCCCCUCCUCCCCUCCCACCCCUUCAGGGUGAAGGCAGUGUCUGCAAUGGCACCUUUGGCCCCACAGAAGGAUUGGCAGGUUUCCAGAGCUCCAGCCCACAAGCACCAACUCGGAUUCCAGAGCUGGUCCAGAAGGGAGCGGAGGGCAUGGUGAAGGCUCCAAAUCACCUCCCUCUCCCAGGCCCUUCUUCCUCAUUCCAGAAUGCACUUGUAGUACUAGAGGAUGAGGAAGAUGAACACAAAUCCAGAGACGCAGAGCGGGUGUUCACCCCUGGCUCCCCCACACCAAGUCCUCCGCCUCUGCCAUCACCCAUCCCUGAGAAUGAGCUCCUCCUGGAAGAGAUCGAGCUCAACAUCAGCGAGAUUCCACCUCCGCCGCCUGUGGAGGUGGACGUGAGAAGCAUUGGCAUCAGGGUAACGGAGGAAAGCCUGGGCCUUGCCAGAGUGGAUCCGGGCAGCGUCUCCAUCCUGAAACAGCAGGUCUCGGCCCUGGAGGGAGAGUUGUCUGGGAGAACUGAGGAACUGGCACAGGUCAGAGCUGCCCUCCAGCAGCAGGAAGAGGAAAUCAGGGCUAGGGAGCAAAGAAUUCGAGAGCUGGAGUGCACCAUAGCCCAGCUGGAAGGACAGCUUCCCCAAGAGAACGUCAAAGAUGCUCCGGGCCAGGCGGACGCCAUGGUGAACACUGACCCUGUUCAUGGACUCUUGACCAGGGAGUCGUGUGACAAGAGCAUUGAGGUCAACCUUCUAGGCAGCAUGGAGUCUGAAAGCUGGGGGCACCGAGGAGAGGAGAAUGGCCUCCUAUGGGGGCCAGGCGGUCACAAACAAGGGGACCAGAGCCCAGCAGGACAUGGGCUUCCACCCCCACUGUCACUGCCACAGGGACCCGAGCAGGUCCUCACCCCUUCUGUACAUAGCUUCCUCUCCACUGAACUCAGGAUUGAGGAAGCAGACUCUGAGCAGGAAGGAGGCCCUCAGGGAGAAGCGGGGGGAGCAGGGGGCUCUCCGUGGGGCAGCGACAGAAAGACUCCCCCAGCAGGGAGGGAAGAGGCCAGUUCUGAGCUCCCAGGGAAGGAGCACUCGGGAAGGCCACCGAGCUCGCCAACGGAUGCCACUAUUGGGCAGUACGUGAAGAAGAUCCAGGAGCUCCUACAGGAGCAGUGGAACUGCCUGGAGCACGGGUACCCUGAGCUGGCCAGUGCCAUCAAGCAGCCGGCCUCCAAGCUCAGCAGCAUCCAGAGCCAGCUGUUGAGUUCCCUCAACCUGCUGCUGUCAGCCUACUUGGCCCAGGCUCCCCCACCCAAGGAGCCCCCGGCCUCUGCCUCCUCCCCGCCGAUGGAGAUCUCCCCGUCGACCAGCAUUAAAUCCAUAAUGAAAAAGAAAGACUAUGGCUUCCGUGCAGGAGGUAAUGGGACCAAAAAGAACCUUCAGUUUGUUGGGGUUAACGGUGGGUAUGAGACCACCUCAAGUGAGGAGACCAGUGGUGAGGACAGCUCCCCAGAGGAGUUGUCUGACAGUGAGGCUGAGAAGAAGUGUGAUGGCCCAGACCACAGGGAUGUCAAAGAUGCCCACCUCACCUGCGAGGCUGGGCAGGGCAUCCCCGAGGGUUCCCGCUAUGCCACCCAGGAAAGUGGGCCUGGGGAAGAGGUCUCCCACUCCAAGGCUGAGAGAUAUAAACCGUCAGAAGAAUUUCUUACUGCAUGCCGGGCACUGAGCCAGCGUCUGCCGGAAACUGGGACCACCACAGACCAGCUCCUGAGGCAAAGCCUGAACACCAUCAGUCAAGAGUGGUUCCGCGUCUCCAGCCGGAAGUCAUCGAGCCCUGCCGUGGUGGCCGCCUACCUCUGCGAGGUCCAGCCUCACUCCCCACACUUCCUGCAGCUGCUUGUCAACUUGGCGGAUCGCAAUGGGAACACGGCUCUUCACUACAGUGUGUCCCACUCCAACUUCUCCAUCGUGAAGCUGCUACUGGAGACAGGCGUCUGCAACGUGGACCAUCAGAACAAAGCUGGCUACACUGCCGUAAUGAUCACUCCCUUGGCUUCCGCGGAGACCAGUGAAGACAUGGCUGUGGUCUGGAAGCUCUUAAGAGAAGGAAAUGUGAACAUUCAAGCUACUCAGGGAGGCCAGACUGCGCUGAUGCUGGGAGUCAGCCACGACAGGGAGGACAUGGUUCAAGCGCUGCUUAGCUGCCAGGCAGAUGUCAACCUGCAGGACCACGAUGGAUCCUCGGCCCUCAUGCUGGCCUGUCACCAUGGCAACGUGGACCUGGUACGGCUGCUCCUGGCACACCCAGCCUGCGACAGCAGCCUGACUGACAAGGCUGGCCGCACAGCUUUGUCCAUUGCUCUGAAGUCACCCACCCAUAUGGAAAUUGCUGGGCUUCUGAGAGCCCACGCGGAGCAGGGCAGAUCCCUGGGGCUGUAGGGGCUGCAGAGGAACUGGCAGCCAGGAACAAAAGCCUUCUUCUCUGGACUCCUCCCUCGCCUUUGGAGAAGGCAGAGGUCACAGGCCAGAGAGCCACCCCUCAAGAGAAGAAACUAUGUGAAAUAUGCACAUACAUUCCUGUUGUAUAAUUCUGCUCAUUAGGAUGCUUUGUAGUUUUUGCCUUAGGCCAAGCCCCAAAACUACACGGCUUCAGAAUAAGGUUCAAAGUGCAAAGCUGAGGGGUAGAUCGGUGUCAUCCAAACAUCCAAAACAUCUUCAGCCUUGAAUUCCUCCUGACUCUACCCUCUGUAGCAUUGUGUAGCAAGCAGGCAGGCAGGAGCACAGUAGCACAUUAGAAAAGCAAUACUUUUUACAUGGAAUUUCAAAGUGCACUAUCUUUUUGUUUUUAAGCAAGAGUAUACAAAUAUGUCCCAUUGAUAUGCAUGUCUAGAGAUGGGAGGGGAUUUAAGCCAACCUCCUGGCAAGCAUUCUGAAGAGGACCCCAGGAGAAUCACUAUGCAGACUGUUGAAACUGAACAAGCCCCAUUUGGGAGCUUUGUUUCGAUGGGGUUGACAGAGAAAUCUUAAAUUCAGACAAGGUAGGAAGAAGCACAUUGGCUUCCAUGCCAAAUAUACAGUCUUAACUAUUUCUGAGUCAUCUAGUGGUUCCAAUUUGCUCUAGGGAAAUUGGAAUUAACUAAGUAAUUUAUUAUCUAGUAGGUUGCUAUGUAAUAAAAUAAAAAAAAAGAAAUUGAAUCCAGUGACACACGCCACAUGUGUUUGGGCAGAGUCGGAUUCCAUCAGCUAAUCUGAGUCUGUGAAAGAAACAAAAGAAAGCUUCCUCCUGAGGAUGGGUUAUGGUCAUCGAGAAGCCGCCACAUUUCCUGCAUAGCUGUAUCCAUUCCCUUACGGUACUUCCCGGUGCUUUCCCCUCAUAUCCCCUAGAAGGACUCAUCUGUUCUAAGGUUUUCUGGGACUUCUGGCUGCAGAGCCUUCCAGCCUCGGAUGCAUCAGGAGCAAGGGAGCCAGGCGGGGAAGGGCAAUUCUUUCCGAAGCUUCCACAUUCCCUGGGGCCGGCACAUGCGAGGUUUAUAUGGUCAGUAGCUCACAUCAGCUUGUCUGAAUGUGCUCUUUCUUAAAAUCUCUUAUG